AUGAGCUCUGAAAACUCUCUCCCUCCUAUCUCCUGCGAAGAAGAAGCCGAGCUCCAUAGAAGCACUAAGAAGAUCAAAGAGAACAAUUCAAUGAGCAAUCAAACUCAACUCCCACCACGAUCAGUGGUCUCUUACAAGGACUCCCUCCUAGGAGCCAACUAUGGCUUAUUUGAUCAAAGCCAUUUUCUAGACCAUGAAGACUCUGAAAUGGGUAACAAUUCAGAUGAAGAUCCUGACGUGGACACACGCUCCACGAAACUUCACUCACUAUGGAACCUUCCCCAGCGGUUUUUCACUAUCGAUCUUGGUUGUGACUACUUUUUAGUCAAAUUUGACUCUGAUGAAGAUUACAACUCUGUUCUUAAAGGGGUUUGGUUGAGGCUUCCCGAAUUACCAAUAGAAUACUAUGACCUCCCCAUCCUUAAGAGAAUUGGAAAGAGGAUUGGCCAGGUUCUUCGAAUAGACAAUCACACUCUAUCCAGUGAAAGAGGCAAGUACGCCAGACUGUGUGUACAAGUGAAUCUUGAAAAACCUUUACCAACAACUGUCACUAUGGAAGGCGAAAAACAAGCCAUUAUAUAUGAAAGCAUUGGAAUGCUUUGUUUUAACUGUGGCAAAUUGGGUCAUAGGAAAUCUUCUUGUCCAGAUCUACCCAUUUCUGAAACCACACAAGAAAAACCAGUUCAUCACCCCUCCGAGAAAGCUCCCUCUCCCAAGGACGGAGACGAGUACGACCCUUGGCUUCUAGUGCAACGCAGAAGAUCCAAAAAUAAAGUACCAACGACUAGUAUUUUGACAGCUGACACCAGUCACAACAAAAAGACUAUUGCAUCAAGAUCCAAUGACCGAACUGCUGACACACAAUUCCAAAGAAAAUAUGUUGUAAAAUCACAUCAUCCUAAGUCAAAUAAAGAAAAGCUUCCUGUAGCUGAAGCCUUGUUUCAAAAUCCCCCUCCUCAUAUUGACACGAAGUCCAAGAGCUCUAGCUCUCUGCACAUUAAAGAGAAAUCUCCCAAAAGCUCUCCUUCUGUGACAGCCAAAGACACAUCACCUAAGCCAAGUCAACCAAGGAUAUACUCAAACAAGAAUUUUACCCCCUCUGGUAUUUUUUUUACCCCUCUUGCUUCGCAUGAACAUUCCCCCAUGCAAGAUCCCAUAUCUUCUAUUGUACUAUCCCCACCCAAAACCCCUUUUUACCUAGCUCGUCCAAUCCCACUGCCUCUAUCAUUUCCCAGAAACCCUAUCUACCUUCUAGCUCCAACUGCCCUUCACCAUCUUUCAACCAUGACCAACCGAUGGAUAAGCAGCUUCCCUCAUAGACCGUCGGCUCCCCAAACGAUCAAUCACCUCCCACUGAGACCCCGCAGACUGAGCAGCGAGAUGCGCCGAGCAAUUCUCGAGGGCUCUUCAACAUUAGACUUGAACGGCCUACCUCUCCGAGAGACCGGGGCCGAGCCCGCACCCGUAGCCCCAGCUCCACCCACCAGAGAAAUUCGAAUCAGAGAUACUCGCGUAACAAGGGACCCUCACCCAAGCCCCCUUACGCCUCUCCUGAUUAUACCACCGCCUGUGCAAAUCUCCUUAAUACCAAACUCAUCACUCUUAAAGACUCUUAGUAGAGCCAACUAUUCUCCCCCCAUUAACCCAUUUCUAAUGGAAACUUGCAUCAUGAACAUUCAUCAAUUUCAUCUCACAAACAAGCCAGUGGAGUUACAUCUCCCCAGCACCCAGAUGUCGGCUCUGAAAAUCUCAAUCUGCACCCAGGUUCACCAUCUGCGACUUGCAACGAGAACAUUGCUGACUCAAGACCAAGAAGUUCAGAACGAAGUCACACUCACUCCAUGGCUAACUUCACCGAUGGAGCGGAGCAGAGACCCGGGUUGGGUCAUGUCGGAGCAGAUACCGUCACUGAAUCCUAUAUCUUCAACCAUGCUGCCUUUUAAUAAAUGGAAGAUACCGACACUAUUGGCCACCUUGGAGGUAUCUGGAUGUUGUGGGACUCAACUGCUGUCUCCAUCAAUACUCUCUGCUCUACUGAACAAGAGAUACAUUCCACCAUUAAGAGAUGUUUACGACAAUAUUUUCCAUCGCAAAAAAAGAAUCCUUGCCAGACUUGCUGGUGUUCAGAAAGCCAUUGAUGUCAGCCUUAACCAGUUUCUUCUAGAUCUCCAAAAAUCCUUGACUUUUGAUUACCAACAAAUUCUCAAGGAUGAAUGGGAACUCUGGGCUCUCAAAUCUAUACUAAAUUGGAUCUUAGAAGGGGAACGAAACUCUCGUUUUUUCCAUGUUACAACUCUGAUCAGGCGUCGUUUUAACAAGAUCAUGGGUCUUUCAAAUGACAAUGGAGAUUGGAUUUCUGACCCUUUAGAUCUCCAACAGUUGGUACUUUCGUACUUCAAAAAUCUUUUUUCCACAACCAAUAUUGCUGAGCAUUUAUCUUUCGACUCCUUUAAUGAAGAUUGGGCCUCCUUACUCCCUGAAGACUUGGCCGCCCUUAACAUCCCUUUAACUGAUGUUGAAAUCCACAAGACCCUUUGGACUUUUAAACCUGACAAGGCCCCAGGCCCAGACGGGCUCCAUCCGGGCUUCUAUCAGAGGAAUUGGGCAACAGUCAAAUCUAAAAUCUGCUCGGCCAUCCAUGAUAUUUUUUAUUCAGCCUCGAUGCCCCCUGAGUUUAAUGGAACCCUUAUUUCCCUUAUUCCCAAGUGUCAUGGAUUGACAAAUCUGUCCCAAUUCCGGCCUAUUAGCUUGUGCAACACCAUUUAUAAGCUAGUUACAAAUAUUCUUGUUCUCCGCCUGAGACCCUUUCUAAACAAACUCAUUUGCCCACUUCAAUCUAGCUUCAUUCCAGGAAGGCAAGGCAUUGAUAAUGUGGUAAUUGUCCAAGAACUUAUUCAUACCAUGAAGAAAACCAAAGGAGCCAGGGGGUGGAUGGCCAUAAAAAUUGAUCUUGAAAAGGCCUUUGAAAAGUUAGAAUGGGGAUUCAUCCGCAAAGUCCUUUCCUCUUAUAACUUCCCUGCUAAUUGGCAAAAGCUUAUCAUGAGUUGUAUUACUACCACCAACACCUCGAUCCUCAUCAAUGGUGGUAAAUUAGAAAGCUUCACGCCCUCAAGAGGCUUCCCAAUUCAUCAUGAUUGCCCCAGUAAAGAUGAUUAUCUUUUCAUCCUUGAUAAGCAUAGACCUUCCUGCUCACUUGCUUCAAGUUGUUCUCACUAUUCCAUUUCCACAUCACCUACUGGGUCCGACAUUCUCUGCUGGAAUUUUUCUCCCAAUGGAAAUUUCACUCUAUCCUCUGCUUAUAGACUUGCUCUAAAUCUGGAUCCAUGCCCCUCCUUUGUAAGCAAUUGGUCUUGGAUAUGGAAGUUAAAAUGUUUACCCAAGCUUCAAUAUUUUGUUUGGGAAUGCUUUCAUUCCAUACUCUCGACCAAGCUCUUUCUUCACUCUCGUAAGCUUACUCUUGAUACUUCUUGCCACAACUGCCCUGGUGCAAUUGAGACUAUUGAACAUGUUCUUAGAAGUUGCCAGCUUGCGCAAACCUUUUGGCGCUCCCUUCCUUGCCCGCCGGCUCUCAAACAUCUCUCCAAUGCUCCUUUUCAUGAUUGGGUCACUGGCAAUCUUCGAUCCAAACUACCCUUUUGCAGACAUAAUGUCCCUUGGUCCUUUAUUUUUAUUUAUGCUAUUUGGGAACUCUGGCUACUUCGAAAUGCUGCUAUUUUCAAGAACUCUUCCCCGAACCCCAAGGCUGCCGAAUCAGCCAUCUUUAAAGAUGUGGAAUUCUAUGCUAUGGCUGGUUUCAAAUGCAAGUCCCUAUCCCCGGUCUUUGUCCCCGUUAAAUGGCACCCCCCUCAAAUCGGUUGGUUUAAGCUCAAUUCCGAUGGUUCGUUCAUUGGUAAUCCAGGACGAGGUGGAGUUGGAGCCAUCAUUCACAAUCAUGAAGGAAAUUGGGUCACAGGAUCCCACCGUAGUAUCGGCAUUGUCUCUAGUGUCGAAGCUGAACUAUGGGCUCUACGGGAUGGUCUUAACUGGCUAAACAAAAAAAUCUGA